AAAGAUAAAAGCUUAUUUCUAUUGCCGAUGUUGUUUUUGUGUGCUCAAGGAGCAACGAAAGAUAAAGAACAGGAUUGGUGGGAAACAACAAUUUUCUAUCAAAUUUAUCCUAGAUCGUUUAUGGACAGUGAUGGUGAUGGAAUAGGUGAUCUUAAUGGCAUAACUUCAAAGCUAGAAUAUUUGAAAGGACUUGGUAUUGGAGCGACAUGGCUGUCUCCAAUGUUUCAGUCACCGAUGUACGAUUUCGGUUACGACAUAUCCGAUUUUUAUGCCAUUAAUGAUGAAUAUGGAACAAUGGAGGAUUUCGAUAAACUAAUGGCAAAAGCAAACGAAUUGGAUAUUAAAAUCGUCCUAGAUUUUGUACCAAAUCACGGAAGCAAUGAAAGUGUCUGGUUUGAAGAAGCGUUGAAAGGCAAUGAAAAGUAUUAUGAUUAUUUUAUGUGGGAAGACGGUGUUGUUGACGAAAAUGGAACAUUACAUCCGCCUAAUAACUGGAAUAGUGUAUUUCGUAAGAGUGCUUGGGAGUAUAGAGAAGAAGUUGGAAAGUAUUACCUACAUCAAUUUGCUAUUGGACAACCUGAUUUUAAUUACCGUAAUCCAGAAGUAGUAGACGAAAUGAAAGACGUUCUCAGGUUCUGGUUAAACAAAGGUGUAGCUGGUUUCAGAGUAGAUGCUGUGGCACAUCUGUUUGAAGUGGAUAAGGAACUAUUUGGUGGUAAAUAUCCUGACGAGCCGUUAUCUGGUAACAAUGAUGAUCCUGAAAGUCAUAAUUACUUAAGCCACGUUUACACAAUAGACCAAGAAGAAACUUAUGAUAUGGUUUAUCAGUGGAGGGAAGUUUUUGAUGAAUAUAAAGAUAAAGAUGGUUUAACUCGAGUUAUGAUGACAGAGGUUUACGCGAGUCCAGAGAUAACAAUGAGGUAUUUCGGUGAUGGUGAACGGGAAGGUGCCCAAAUGCCAUUCAAUUUUAAUUUGAUAACCGAUGUUAAUGGAGCAUCUUCCGCUGCAGAAAUAAAAUAUGCGCUUGACAAAUUUUUAACAUUUAAACCUGUUGAUAAGUUGGCGAAUUGGGUGGCUGGAAACCAUGAUAACAACAGAGUAGCUUCAAGAUUCGGUCCUGAAUUAGUGGACGGUGUAAAUAUGCUGGUGUUGCUAUUGCCUGGUGUAGCUGUAACAUAUAUGGGUGAAGAAAUAGGAAUGGUAGAUGGAUUCAUUAGCUGGGAAGAUACAGUAGAUCCAAGGGGAUGUAAUACGGAUGACCCAAUCAAUUACUGGAUGGAAUCCAGAGACCCUGAACGAACCCCAUUCCAAUGGAACUCAGAGAAAAAUGCAGGAUUUUCGUCAGCUGAUAGAACAUGGUUACCUGUAGCUGAGGGUUAUGAAACUUUAAACGUAGGAGUACAAGAAGGAGCACACAUAAGUCAUCUAAAUGUGUACAAAGCUUUAGCUCAACUGAGGACUGAUCCAGUAUUUAGACACGGCAGAUACGAUUCAGUCGCGCUUAAUUCUGACGUAUUUGCAUUUGUAAGAUGGUUUAAUGGGACAUCCUAUAUAACGGUUAUUAAUUUCAAAGAUAAAAUACACAACUUAGACUUGACUUACUUUGAACAUGUUGCUGGCAACUUAGAAGUCGUUAUCGGAAGUGUUUAUUCGCCAAAAAAUAAAGGGGACAUUUUGGACGCAGAAAAUAUACACAUAGAAGCGCACGAAGCAUUAGUACUCAAAGUUGGACAAUAAAAUAAUUAAACGAAUAAAAAAUCUAUUCAUUACAUCAAACGUGAAAGUUGAUUGUGUCUCUAAAACACUAUCUGACGGCCGAAUACUGAAACGUGAUUCAAAUAUUUACAGCGUCUUAACUGA